AUGGUCAUGUCCGCGGACUGGACCGGACCUCCACAUGGCCGUGACGACGCGCGAGAUCUCCGACGUGUGUGCCAAAGCCGCCUUGGAACUGGCGUAGACACCUGGCCCUGCCAUGUCAGCCUUUCUGACCGACCGCCCCGGUUCCGGAUAGGGAGGGCGGAGGGGGUCGUGGUUCUGAAAGCCGUGGCCGGCUCACUUGACCACGGCGGCCUUGGCCUCGACGAGCAUGGGCGGCAGACGCCUGGACCACCGCUGAAGGGCCCUAGACGUUGA